AUGCUCUUGACAUUUUUACGUUCACCAGCAUUACUUUCUCUACCACGACCAGCUCUCCGUGCGGGGUUCCUUACAGCUUCUGGAAUUCCAACGCAUUUCUCCACAAGACCAUUCCAAAAUAUGGCGACCGGAAACAAGGAUAAAAUCACCGACUGGGUGAACCCCAAUGACAAGUCGGGCGAGUUCAAGCGUCAGCAGUCAGUGUUCCGCAGCUUCAUCUCCCGCGAUCCUGGUGCGGAGUUCCCGCCUGAGAAGGGCCGCUACCAUCUCUAUGUCUCUUACGCCUGUCCGUGGGCUCACCGCACUCUGAUCACCCGUAAGCUCAAGGGUUUGGAGGAUAUCAUUUCCUUCUCGUCGGUGCAUUGGCACCUCGGCGAAAAGGGAUGGCGCUUCGUUACUUCCGACGAGGACCUGCCGGGCGAGAACACCAUUCCCGACCCGCUGCACAAGGACUUCACCCACCUGCGUGAUAUCUACUUCUCCCAGAACCCAGACUACACUGGCCGUUUCACCGUCCCAGUCCUCUUCGACAAGCAGACUGGCCGAAUCGUCAGCAACGAGAGUGCCGAAAUCAUCCGCAUGUUCUACUACGAAUUCGACGACAUCCUACCAGAGGAAUACAAAAAAAUUGACCUGUACCCCUCCGCCCUGCGCUCCGAAAUCGACACCUCCAACGAAUGGAUCUACAACGACGUCAACAACGGCGUCUACAAAUCCGGUUUCGCAACCACCCAAGAAGCCUACGAAAAAGCCGUAACAACCCUCUUCUCCUCCCUCGACAAGAUCGAAGCACACCUAUCCAAGCAAGCCUCCGUCUCGCCCUACUUCUUCGGCAACACAGUCACCGAGGCUGAUAUCCGGUUGUUCACGACGAUUAUCCGCUUUGACCCUGUCUACGUGCAGCACUUCAAGUGCAAUAUUCGGGAUAUUCGGUCUGGAUUCCCGGCUAUUCAUCGCUGGGUGCGUGGGCUGUACUGGGAUCUGCCUGCGUUCCGGGAUACGACGGACUUUGAGCAUAUUAAGAAGCAUUAUACCAAGUCGCAUAAGCAGAUUAACCAGUUUGCGAUUACGCCUGUUGGACCGUUCCCGGAUGUUCUGCCUAAGGAUGAGGAGGUGAAGGCUGCGCAGGUUGCGAAAUAA